CUCAUCCGCCUCUGCGCGCUAGAUCUCAGCCUCCGGCUCUUCAUCAUGGGCCUAUCCACGAUCUUUCGACGGAAGCGAGGUGAUGCAGCGCCUUCUGAUGCCGGCAAUGUGUCACCUGUCGCCACCACCACGGGCUACCGGGAGGACCAGACAUCCGACUCUGUAUCCAAAGCGGCGUCCGUGAAGGAACAGCCCGUGGAUGAUUUGGAGAAGAGUCAGAAGACCGUCGAGCCCAAUGUGGUCGAAACCGCAGCCGAAGAAGACCCCGAGAUCGCCGCGCUGCCCCUCGAGGUGCGCCAGUUGGUCAGUCUUACUGAUGACCCAACCCUGUACACCAUUACCUUUCGAUACUUCGUUCUCUGUGUGAUAUUCGUCGUACCCGGUGCCUUCUUGUCCAUGAUGAGCCACUUCCGUACCACCGAAGCCCCAUACUCCGUUUUCUUCGUGCAGAUCGCGUGCCACUAUGCGGGUCACUUUCUGGCGCGGGUCCUCCCAGCCUGGGUGAUCCGCGUGCCCUUUACCCGUUGGUCCUUCAGCCUCAACCCGGGCCCGUGGAGCAUCAAGGAACACGUUCUGGUUACCUUGACGGCGGCAUCCGGAGCUACCUACAACUUGGGAUAUACCCCCAUCGCAAUGGCAGAGCUCUACUACGGCGAGAGAGUCAAUCCUGCCGUGGCUAUUUUCUUCAUGUUUGCGAUUGUCUGGAUUGGGUAUGCUUUCGCAGCACUGGCCCGCCAGCUUCUACUAUAUGACCCCAACUUCAUCUGGCCCCAGGCCCUCAUGCAGACUACGUUGUUUGAAACGUUCCGCAAACAGGAUGUUUCAUCCCCCCUCGCGCGGCGACAGAUGAAAGUUUUCUUCCUCUGCUUUCUUGGAAUGACGCUGUGGCAGUUCUUGCCCGAAUACGUCUUUCCGUUUACAUCUUCCCUCGCCUUCUUGUGCUGGGUCGCACCGCAUAACGCUGUGGCCAACUUCCUGGGAUCUGGAUUGGGAGGUAUGGGACUGCUGAAUCUGUCCCUCGACUGGUCAAACAUCAACUGGAACGCUUCUUCGAUCCUUCUUACCCCAUGGUGGACGCAGGUUGUUUUGUUCCUGGCUUUCGUCUUCAAUUGUUGGGUCUUACUCCCAGCCGCGAAAUGGGGAAACCUUGGGUCUUACAAGCACGGCCUUAUGUCUAAUUCUCUGCUGACAGUGAACGGAACGACCUACCCUACCCUCGAGGUAGUUACCUCCGACUAUCAGCUGAACGAGACCGCCUACGCGGAGUACGGUGACAUGUACAUGGGUCUUCAGAACCUCUGGGCGACCUUCUUCGACUAUGCGAAAGUGACUGCAGCAAUCACGUGGAUCUUAACCUUCGGUUUCGUCCAGAUCCGAAACAAUCUGAUGAAAGUUAUUCGGUCGCGGCAGAAAGCGUCGCAGGAGAAGGGACAAAGCAUUAACCACCAGUACCACGAUCGUCUCAAUGUUCUCCAGCGAACCUACAAGGAGAUCCCCCUCUGGUGGUACGUCGCACUUUUCAUGGCUGGUUUUAUCGCUCUGAUCGUGACGAUUGCCUGUGGCUAUCUGUGGAUUCCGAUCUGGACAUUGUUCGUGGCACUGGCGAGUGCCGCCGUUUUGGUGGUUCCGUUUGGAUUUCUGUAUGCCAUUUCGAACUAUCAACUGGCAGUCGGGUCCUUUAAUGAGUUGGUGUAUGGUUACAUGGUCGAAACCCCUGCUGGCAAAAACCAUCGGCACCCCUGCGGACCGUCUACGUACGGAUCGAUUGCCGGCGACGCCUGGUACCGCGCGCAGUAUAUGCUGCAAGACCAGAAGAUCGGUCACUACAUGCAUAUCCCGCCACGCACGGUCUUUUUCUCUCAGAUCUUUGGCACUGUUCUCGGUAUUCCAGUGAACUACGCCGUGAUACGAUGGGUCCUCAACACGAAAGGAGACUAUCUGUCGGGCAAGAAGACAGAUCCGCUGGACCAAUGGUCUGGUCAGUCCUUGAAAUCCUCGAAUACUCUGGGUGUCCAGUAUGCAGUUCUCGGACCUAGCCGACUGUUCAAAGAGCAGGAGAUGAAGCCUCUACCCUGGGCGUUCCUAGUGGGCGCAGUGUUGCCCCCGAUCCUGUACAUUAUGCAUCGCACUCUACCGCGCUGGCUACGCAUUGAUCUAUGGAACGUCAGCAUUUUCUUCUCCGGUUUGUCGGUCUUCUACGGCAACAUCAGCACGGGUUACACAUCGGCGAUCAUCGGCGGGUAUGUUGUCAUGUACUGGGCCUACCGGUAUCGGUUUGAGGUCUGGAAACGCUACAGUUACAUGGUGGCCGCUGCUUUCGAUGCGGGUUUCAACCUGAAUAUGCUGUUGAUCUUCCUGUUCUUUGGCUCGGGAAAGCAAAUUUCCAUGCCUAACUGGUGGGGUAACAACUCUGUCUCGGUGGAACGGUGCUUUGCCUUGGAUUGAUUCUAUGAUCUACUUUAACAAAAGGCCCUUCUCUGCGGCUUCUAGCGUUCAGGCCACCUUCAACCGACGAGGGUGGCUUUUCUGUAUUUAAUGUGUACAUGAACGGGGUUGAGGAAUCGUUCUAGACCGAUUUCCGAACCUUAUGAUAGACGAAAUGCAGUAAUGAUAUCCCC